AUGGACGCCAGCAGCGUCACAUCGUUUCUUCAGGCUUGCGCUGACCAGCAGUCGGCGCCGCUGAAGUCCAUGCCGAGGAUCAAAGCGCGUCCUUCAAAACCCAAGAAGGUGACUGCAACCUCGGCACCGGCACCUCGUCCAAAGCCAUCCCAGCAGCCAGCGCCUCCCCACCACAGGAAAGGCAAAGUUGACCAAGUGGGGUCCAGAGACAGUUUGCAGGACGAGGAGCCACUUUUCGAGGCUGUGGAGGAGGUGGAAGCUGAGGAGGACGGCGACCAAGAUGAAGAAGACGAAGGUGGUGACGAGGUUGAGCUGUGA